GCUUCAUUCAUUAGAACCCCAAAACUUGAACCCCAUACACAGCCUUUUCAUGUUUCUUCAAUCACCAUUUUCUUGCUUGUAAAUUUGAACGUCUCUUUCUUUGUGUUUCAUUUCAUAACAUUCAAUUCAAGUCCUCACUCAACACCAAAACGCUUCACAUCCAAAAUAUAUACGUUACUUUAUAUAUAAGUCCUGAUUCCUGUAGUGCUUGCUUCCCAUUUGCUCUUCGUUCAUCAUCUUCAUGCUCUGUGAGAUUCUGAGAGACCGCAAGAAGAAGGUGGUGGGGUGGUGACGAUGAUAAUGGGAUUGUCAUCAGAGUUCAGAGUUUUAGCUUUGUUUGCUUUUGUAAUUUCCUUGGUGGGUUUAUUAGCAGCAGAAAGUGGUGAUAAUGGGUCUGUGAGAGAUUACAUUACAUGGGAUGAUUUGACAGUGGACGAAAAUAGCUUAGCCUCGCAAUCUAAGAGUGAUCUUCAAGUUAUUGUGGUUGACCAGAAUGGUAAUGGACAUUCCUCUACAGUUCAAGGAGCUGUGGAUAUGGUGCCAGAUCAUAACACAGACAGGGUGAAGAUAUACAUUUCCCCAGGAACUUACAGAGAAAAGGUGUUUGUGCCGAAGAACAAACCAUAUGUCUCAUUCAUAGGGAAAAGAAAUCAAACACAUGGUGUGGUGAUUACUUGGAACAGCAAGUCAUCAGACAUAGGGUCAAAUGGCCAAGAGUUGGGGACUUAUGGUUCUGCAACUGUAGCAGUAGAAUCUGAUUACUUCUGUGCAAAUAGGAUCACAUUUGAGAACUCUGUAGUUGCACAGGCUGGUGGACGAGGAAUGCAAGGAGUAGCAUUGAGGGUAGACAGUGAGAGAGCCAUGUUCUAUAAGGUUAAAAUAUUGGGAACACAGGACACUCUUUUGGAUAACACAGGAACUCAUUACUUCCUCAAGUGUUUCAUCCAAGGAAAAGUUGAUUUUAUCUGUGGCAGUGCAAGAUCAUUCUAUGAGGAUUGUCGUCUCAAGUCAACAACCGAGAGCUAUGGAGCAAUUGCAGCUCAUCACAGGGAUACACCAAAUGAAGAUACAGGGUUUUCUUUUGUAGGCUGUUCAAUCCAAGGAACUGGUAAGGUCUAUCUUGGAAGAGCAUGGGGAGAUUAUUCAAGAAUAAUAUAUUCAAACUGUUAUAUGGAUGACAUUAUAAUCCCAGAAGGAUGGACUGAAUGGAAUCACCCUUCAAGAAAAAAGACUGCAUUUUUUGGAGAGUUUCAGUGCCAAGGAAAAGGAGCAGAUAGAAGUGGUAGAGUGCGAUGGUCAAAAUCUUUCACCAAUGAGGAAGCAAAGCCUUUUCUGGACAGAAACUUCAUAAAUGGAGAACAAUGGCUUAGAUUGUAGCAUUCAUUUGAACCUCUAGAAGACACAUUAGUCUUGAUCAUCUUCUACAAGGUCCUCUUCACUAGAUUCAUUGCACAUAAGGAAAAGAAAAAAUAAAGGCAUAUGCAUUACCAAAUGUGAAAAGUUUGCCUCUUAUAUUUGUCAAAGCUACAUGUGAGUUACAAGUGUAGAGUUAGAAGUUCAAGUUGUAUUUAUCACAAACAUUAUAGAACAUUUCAUUAUACGUUUCA